AUGGCUAGUCAGAGUACUGACCAGAUAGAUCAAGUCGAGCUGGCCCCAUCAGGUAAUGGAGAGUCAGCAAUAGGGGUCCCAUCUAAUUCAUCCCUAGUUCCAAAUUUGGAUUCAAGGGAGGUUUUGGAGAACCACAGUGACCAAGCCAUGAGCCAAGAUCCAGGCCCCCAAGAUGACCCACGACCACAGGAUCCAAAUCAAGGCACAGCCCACGUGGAAGAAAACGAUCUUCUCGGGCUCUCCUUCCCCAGAAAGCUUUGGAUGUUAGCAGAGGACAGCGCCUUCACGUCUGUGCGCUGGAAUGACGAUGGAGACACCGUGAUCAUUGAAGAAGAUCUUUUCCAGAGGGAGAUUCUUAACCGGAGAGGUGCAGCGAGAAUUUUUGAAACAGACAGCUUGAAGACUUUUAUCCGCCAACUGAAUCUCCACGGAUUCAGCAAAAUACGUUCAGACAACUCUUCGGCUCACUCUCCAGGGAACAAGAGAAUCAUGAUCUACCGAAACCCCAACUUUCAGAGACACAAGCCUCUCCUCAUUGAGAACAUUCGGAGAAGAGGAGACCUGAGAAUUAUCGCCUGCCCAGGGACCAGUGCAACAACUCCCAAGAGAAAGAAGCAGGUAGCAGCUACGAGGCACUCCCCAAGAAUCCAUCGCAAUGAACCCACCAAAGAAACCAACAAAAAGGCGCAGAAGGAAGCCCCCAAUGCUCAGGGACCCAGUGGCAGCUGGUGGUUCACGUGUUCUGGUAUCUGUUCUGUGACCUGUGUAGCCAGACGUGCCAUGGGAAACCAUCACCCAAGUGAGCCAGGCAGCCCAAGUGGGGAGGGCCCGUCCAGGAAUGAUAUGUUUGUGCCCCUGGCUACUGCCAGAAGGGACGGCAUAGGGGAACCACCCGCCAGCCCCCCAGAUUACUCAGAUUACGAUUUUGUGAUGUCCUUGUACAACACCUGUUAUUUCAUCCUGCUGGCUGCCCUUUCAGUCAUGUCCGCAUACGAGGCCCCUGACGAGGACGAGGAGCAGGAAGGCUCCUCAGAUCACAAAUGUGUACUCUGUGAGCAGUGCAAGGACAAUCCGGGUCCCUAA